AUGUCGUCGGCCGCGUCGAAGGUGACGCACGCCCAGCAGCGGAUCCUCAGCAGCCUCUCGCUCUCGGGGCAGGAGGCGGUGCUGUUCGCCACCCUGCAGCGCGACCUCGCGCUGGACCAGCGCACCGCCGCCGAUGCCCUGCGCGGGCUCAUGGAGGGGGGGAGGGUGGUGCUGCGCCGCGGGAACAGCGACGGGAGCGUGUACGUCGCACUCUCGAACAGCAUGCCGGAGGGCCCCUCGCUGGUCCUCGACGCGAUACGGGCCAGCGGGAAUAGUGGGAUCGAUCAAACCACGCUCUGCGGCAAGGUUCGUCUACCCAAGAACGAGAUUAUCAAGUCACUGCAGCUGCUUGUGGCGCAGAAGCGCAUCAAGGAACGCCGCUGCUUCUCAAAUCGUGCGAAGCGCAUUUACCUGCUCUUCGAAUUUGAGCCCAGCGAUGAAAUCACAGGAGGGACGUUCUACGCUGGCGAGGAUUCGCGCGAGAUGGAUGUGUGGUUUGUGGAUGAGAUGCGGCGACGCAUUGUGGCUCUAGUGGCGCAGCGCCACUCGGUCUCUUUGGAGCAGAUCACACAGCACCUGCACGACUCCCAUGGCGGCGGUGAGGCGACGCUUGGUGGCGGCGAUGGCGUGGUGGUCAUGACGGCACACCCCGGCGGCUCCACGGUCACCUCCGCCAGCGGCGGCAGUGGCGGGAGCAAGCGAAUCUCGCAGCGGGACGCGCAGCUGCUGGUGCAGACGUUGGUCCUGGACGGGGUGUUGGACUCCGUGGCGCCCUCCGCGGGAGCCCCGCCGCAGUACCAGCUGGCGACCGGGAAAAAUGUACUGCGGCACUUCACGGCCACGCUCGCCGCAGGGGGCAGCCGCACGUCCGGCGGCGCGACCUCGUCACUCGAGGAUGGGCGUGACCCGCAUGGAGAUAUUUCUGCCGGUGGCUUGUGGACCCCCGCCGCGGUUGCGCAGUCCAGCGCGUGGGCAAUGCCGGUGGUGGGGCUGCCGUGUUUGGGGUGCCCGCAGCUCUCGGUGUGCUCCGUGAGCGGCAUCGGCGUCGUUAACCCGCGCACCUGCGCGUAUUUAAAUGAUUGGCUCAGUUAA